AUGUGUACUUUGAUAUUUGCGUUUCCAGGAGUCGCGAAAGGCUUCGAUGAGGGUAAUAUCGCGUCCUUGGUGGUCCAAGCAAGGUUCAUGGCAGACUUUGGACUUGACGUUCAGACGGAACAUGAAUAUGCGAAUACCAAAGGAUGGAUUGUCUCGAUAGCGACAGCAGGGGCUGUUUUUGGAUGUUUCGGGAUUUCUCCCAAAGCCAUCCGAGGACUUCUGACUUUGCAAUAUGCGGCGUGCCAGCAACUGGGCGUUGUGUUCGGUUUCUUCAUCAACUAUGGCGUCACAAAAUCCUACGCUGGAACCGAGACCCAAUGGAUGCUUCCAACACUUCUUCAGCUUCUUCCGGCAGCUCUAUGGGGAUUGGGGACUUUCCUGUGUCCCGAAUCACCACGCUGGCUUUUAUAUGUUGGCCAGCGGGAGAAGGCAUUGGCAACACUGUCAAAACUUCGCCAUGCACCUCUGGAAGACCCUUCUCUCCAAGCGGAGAUCUCAGGCAUGGAUGCAAGGAUUCUCCAUGAAAGCGAAGCGGCUGGCAAUACGGGCGUAUGGGAGCUUGCAAAGGAGACCUUUAUUCCGGUGGAGAAUCGGCGUCGAUUCUUCUUGAUCUUCAUGGCGACCCUUUUCUCGCAGUGGUCCGGAGCCAACGCCAUCACACAAUAUUCCCCGACGAUAUUUGGUUAUCUGGGAAUCGAUGGAGAUGAGGCUAAGUUCCUAGCCACAGGCAUAUAUGCUGUGGUGAAGUUUGUCAGCACUCUAGCAUUUGCUUUAUUCGUGGUUGACUUCAUCGGACGGAGGCGUUCCCUCAUGACAGGAAUUGCACUGCAACUAGUCACCCUGGUUUAUGUCGGAGGGUAUCUGGGAGGUACCAGCUCUAUGAGUGCAGAGCACAUUAGAGAUACUCCUGGUGUAUCUCGGGCCUCAACAGCAGCCAUCGUAGCGAUUUACUUCCAUGCGGUGGCAUGGAGCAUUGGGUGGUUCAGUAUUCCAUAUCUCGUUGGAUCUGAGAUCUUCCCAACCAAGAUCCGCUCGUUCAACAUGUCCAUCUCCAUGGGCUUCCAUUGGGCCUUUUAUUUCGGAUGCUCCCGGGCUAUGCCGAGUCUGCUGGCCGCAACGCACAAGUGGGGUGCCUUCGUGUUCUUCGGGUGCAUCUGUCUGAUUUCCCUGGUUUAUGUGUUCUUUGCCAUGCCAGACACGACUGGAAGAUCAUUGGAGGCGUUGGAUGGCCUGUUUCAGCGACCAUGGUAUACUGUAUACCAAGUGGCAUAUGCUGACAGGGAUGCUGAACCAGAGAGACCAGACAAGACACUUGACAAAGCUGAGCACCUUGAGUCGGUUUGA